CGCAAAGCGUCGAUCUUGACCGACGCCGCGCCGCGAUCGCCGGCCCUUCAAUCGUCUCGCAAAGUGACACAUUGUGGAUAUUUGGGUGCUUUUUCUGUGAAGUGACAGGCGAUUGCCGAGUUUCUGCAUAAAGAUUCGUAUAAAUCUCAUGGAUGGAUAUUCUGGAACUUAACAAAAUAAACGCCACUCCUCAGAAGAUUAAGAGUAGUCAAAAGCAAUCCUCCAAAAUGAAGAUGAGCAAGGUGGGAAACCAGACGAACUCUCAAGACCCUCAGGCGGUAAACUCGAGAGUUUUCGUCGGAAAUCUGAACACAUUCCAGUGCUCCAAAACGGAUGUGGAAAGGAUGUUUCAGCGUUAUGGACGGCUAGCUGGAAUAUCGAUGCACAAAGGAUACGCUUUCGUGCAGUUUACGAAUCCUUUUGAUGCUAGAAGUGCCUGUUUGGGGGAGGAUGGCAGAACUGUUCUCAGCCAAAUCUUAGAUGUUAAUAUGGUGGCAGAGCCGAAGCCCCAUCAAACGGGACGAAAAAGACAGAACGUUGCCAAAACAGGAAACGACUGGGACUACUACUACGACAGUUACUACGCUUCAACGUCAUUUCCUGUGGGCCCUUCGCGAUUGGUUCCGCCGAUAAAAAGGCAAAGGUUAAUGACAACUGCAAGAAAUGGCAAGAACAAUCAAUCGCAGAAAACAACGACUGUUCCGCCACUCGAUCAACUCAAAGUCUACAGCAACCAAGAUAUUUUGAUCUGUGGUAACUGCCGAGAAAUGUACACUGACUUGCACGAUUUACUCGAGCACAAGAAAACUUACUGCAAACUCCGUUUCACAUGCAAAUGCGACGCGAACAAGUCGAAAUCGCCAACUGAUGAUCAUUCGGCGGCAUCACUACUUUGUGUACAAUGCAAAGACGCCUUCCAGAAUGCUUGGGAUCUGAUGGUCCACGCUCAAGCGGCACAUAUGUUGAAUAUCUACGAGUUGGGGGUGCCAGCGUUGGCAAAUUGUGCGUCGCCGCCGCUCUCGCCUAGAGAUAACAACACUCCAGACAAAGAGAACAAGACCGAAACCGUUUGCGACGGCGAGGAGGAAAACGGCGACGCCGACUUCAUGGAGAACGGUCGCGACGGCCUCACGGGUACCCCCGACUCGGCCAACUCCCGCAACGACAAAGAACUCGAGGACCUAAUGGACGUCGAGUCCACAACCAAGACCUGCAUAAUGCAUGCGUUGAGCAUUGUUAGCGCCCCCACGUCGCAACCCGGCUCAUCGCCGCCCCCACUCGCCGCCAUUGCGCCCCACACCGACGCCCCCUGGAAGCCCCAGGGACACACACGACUCUCCCCCAAAAUACAGCACGAACCAUAUUAGUGACCCAAACUCGGCAUUUUUCAUGUAGUGAAAAGGAGCUUCGGUUAUUUUCUCUACUGUUUUAUUGUUUUUUUUUUUCUAAUAAAUAGAGUUCCUGACAAGUCGGGGACUCUAGACUAGAAUUUAGUAGUGUAAACCCGUCUUUUGUCAGAUUCUCAGGAGAUUAGCUGCAAUCAUGAUUCUUGAAAAUUUGAAAUCGGAGAAAUUUUUUUAAGAAAAGCUAAUUAGACUAGACCUUUGUAAAUAUUUAUGUAAAGGAAAAAACAAUUUGACAUAUCAUAAAAUUAUUGUACUUUAAGAAAUUAUUGUUAAUCAGUGCAACUCCCAAAAAUUGUAAUUUUUCGGAGUUUUACUGAGUUUUUUUUUAAUGUAAUAACGAAAUGAAACUAGAAUUUAGGUAUCAUACUUAGUGAAUGCUGUGUUGAAUUAAUUAUAUUUAUAAAAAUGAGAUACUAUUAGACAAUUUGCGAUUUACGACCAAAGUAAAAAAAAACUUUGAAAAAAUAAAUUUGUUGCCUAAAAUUUAUAACGAUACAAGAAGAAUGAACAAAUCUAUAUUAUUAAUGAAGAACUAUAAAAACACGAACAAAAAGUGUGACUUGUUGUGUACUAAGAUAAUUUUUGCUUCGAUUGAAUUUUUCUAUAACUGUCUGAGCUAAUUCUUGGAGUUUAUUUUCGAAUUGUGUUAGUUGUUAUAGGACUAUAAAGUGUGAAUGACCAAUGUUCUAUGAAACUACAAUCAUGUUAAGGACAAAAAGUAUGAACUUUGCCUUGUGAAAUUAUUAUUAGAGCUUUUUGUUUCAGAGUAUUGCUGACGACCAUGUUAUUUAUCUCUAUGUAUGUAAAGUUCUUGUCAUAAUGCUAGUUAUUGAAAAUAUAUGUCCUCCAUUGUA